GGCAGUGAGUUACUCCUAUCUCUCUUUCUUUAUUUAUUAUGAUUAUUAUUUUUAGAUUUGAAUAUUUAUUUAUUUAUUUGUUUUAUAGUUUAGUCGUUUCAAGUCAAUUUAAAUCAAUAAUGUUACCUUGUUUUGAAAUCAAUCCUCUCCUGAAAUUUGUUUGUUUUUAUCAGAUAUUUCCAACUUAAACAAGACCAUCAGAGAUUUGCUUUACAGCAUUAUGAACCAUUGGCGUGCUUCUCCGAGGCUAGUUCAAUUUUGGGCACCCAUAACAACAAAAGAGGGCCGGUCUUUUCUUACAACUCGAAACCAACCUUUCUCUCUAAAAACAGAAUUUUGUGAUUAUGAAGUUAUUGAAGGACUUUGUGGGUAUAGGAUGAUCUGUAUGGAUUCUAAAUUUGACAUUGAUUUGGAUGGGGGGAAGACUUGUGAACAACACCUUCCUCUUCCUGGCCGAGUGUUCAAGGAUCAAUUACCCGAAUCCACUCCUGAUGUGGAGUUUUACUCUAUCACUGAGUAUCCACAGCGUGACGAUGCUCUACGUUGCGGAGUCCAACAAUCUUUGGCUUUCCCAGUCUUUGAAUCUUCUACCCAAAGGUGUGUUGGCGUAAUUGAAGUAGUGACACCGUCGGUAGCCCCUAGUUUUUACGGCUAUUUGCAGUGCGGAAUACAUGAAGAUUUUGAGAAGAAAGGUCUGAAAUGUUCAAUUGAAUUUGAUCACAAGGACAUGGAAUUAGAUGAGGCUCAAAAUGAAGCUCGUACAGUUGCCUUGGAUGAAAUCAAGAAUGUGUUGAAAGUCGUAUGUGAAGCUUAUGAUUUACCUUUAGCUCAGGCAUGGGUUCCAUGCAAGGUAGGUUGGCCAUGUGGGCCUCUGGUUGAUGGUGGCGUCCUUGGUGUACGUUGUUCUUACCGCAAAGGUGACUAUGGUGAAGAUGAAGAUGAAGAUGACUAUGGUGAAGAUGACUAUGAUGUAGUGGAAUUUUGUCUUUAUAGUUCUUUGUUUCACUUAAAGAAUGGGGUGGGGGUUGUUGGGAGAGCACUUUUGUCCACUAAUAUGGUAUUCUGCAGGGAUGUAACUCUACUUAGCAUAACAGAGUACCCAUUGGCACACUAUGCAGGACAGACUAGACUAAGCGGUUGCUUCGCAAUAUGCUUGGAGAACAAUUGCACUGGAAAUGAUGUUUACGUGCUAGAGUUUUUUAUGCCGAUGAGCAACAAUGCCAGUGAAAACCCACAUACCUUAUCAAGGAAAAUAUUGGAAACAAUGAGGAACAAUUUUCGUUGUCUUAGGGUUGCUUUUAGAGAAGAACUUGAGGAAGAAUUACAUAUUGAAGAAAUUAGUAUUCAAAAUGGUGAGAAACUUGAUCCUGGUCAAAUUCCCCAAACUACUCUAUCUUUGCCUCAGUUGAUGGUGGCAUCCUUCAUGCAAGUUGUUAUUAUAAGAAAGAUGACUAUAGUGAAGAUGAAGAUGACUAUGUUUGUCUCAUCGAGUAGAAUCUAG